UGCAGCACUGACAGUCGGCCGCUCCCCUUCCCGGUGCUGGCAGGGGGAGGCCUGGAGAGGGCCAGGGAGGAGGAGGAAGAGGAGGAAUAAUGAAGCUGACCCAGCUCUGUGAGUAGGAUGCGCCCCGGAGCCGCUCCAGCUCGUCUGAGAUUGUUUGGACUCCUGUUGUUAUCCGUGGCUGCUUGGUAUUUGGGAUACUUUGUUGCUCUUUAUGCACCCCAAAAUGCAAUAUCUAUUGAAGCACUGCAAGAGAUCGGAAAGAAACCGGUGUUGAAGGCCCCAGCCCCCAAAAGGCAGAAGUGUGACCACUGGUCUCCCUGCCCACCAGGGAACUUCGCCUAUCGCAUCCUCAGUGGCGGCGGCAAAGAGAGGAGGGCUAAGAUCUGUUUUGAGGAUGAGCAGCUUGUAAGUGAAUGGAAUGACGACCCUGGAAGUGGGAUAAACGUUGCCAUUGUGAAUUAUAAAACAGGAAAACUCAGGUCGACAAAUUUUUUUGAAAUGUGGCAAAGAGACCACUCAAGCGCGAUGAUGAAUUUCAUCAGGAGUGCACCAGAAGGGUCCCUCAUCCUGAUGGCCACCCACGACGAUGGCAGCACCAGGUUGAAAGACGACGCCAAAAAAUUAGUAGAAGAACUGGGAAGUAAAGAAAUCAUGAAUAUUAAGUUCAGAUCAAGCUGGGUUUUUAUAGCUGCCAAAGGCUUCAAGCUGCCAGACAAUAUCGAAAAAGAAAAGAUAAACCACUCUGACCAGACGAAGAACAGAUACAAAGGCUGGCCAGCUGAAACCCAAAUAGAAGGCUGUAUCCCAAGAAACUUGAUUUAAACAAAUGCAUACCUCAUUAAUAAAGACAAUUUUAUAUUUUUA